AUAGUUGAUGAGCAGCAAAUCUUUCACUCUCUCUCUCUCUCUCUCAUACGUGGAGAACAGGAAACGUUUUCUAGUACAACGCGAAAAAGUAACGUUAGAAUAGAAACAGGAGGCUAUUGAGAAGGAUUUCCUGAUAUGUGAAAGAUAAAUGAAGUAGCUAGUUACUUCAGGCAGAGCUGUCAAGCAGAGAUAAGAGAAACACGGUGGUAUCACAAGCAGGUGACAGGAGAGCCUCCUCCAGGGUGUGAUCAGACUGUAGGACUGGAUACAUUGAGGAUACUGAUUAGCAACACACCACUACAUCCGAUACAAUGGGGCAGUGCUGUGCUAAGUGCAAGGAAACCCCAGAGGUGGUUAGUGUGGGGCAAAGACAGGAGGCUGGUCGGCCUUCUCUCACACCAUUAGUAGCAUCAGAAGAGUCCCCAGACGCACAGGAUGUCGCCCCUACCCCGCCAGUUCUGCCACAGGAUGAGCCCCAGCCCGAGCCUCCACCAGAACCCAGUGACAGAAGUGCCUCAGCCUCACCACCACCAGCCAUGAAAGAUGAAGAGGCCCUUCCUUCACCUCCAAAAGGGAAUUAUCUUGAUUUUCCAAUCAUGCAAGAUAUGAAGACUAUUGAGUAUGUCCAAAAGAGCAAAGUUAUUGUUAUCUUGAAAGGCCUCCCAGGAUCAGGGAAGUCAUUCAUCAGUAGGCAGCUAAAGAAAAUGUACAAGGAUGGGAUGAUAUGCUCAGCAGACCAGUAUUUCAUGGAGGAUGGAGAAUACAAGUUUAAUGCAGAUAAGCUGAAGUUUGCUCAUGAGUUCUGUCAGAAGAAUGCAAAGAAGGCUGCUGUCAGUGGUGUUCCUGUGAUUAUUAUUGACAACACAAACAUUCAAGCAUGGAACUACAAGUACUACCUGAAGCUGAGCAAAGAGCAUCACUACACGCCUCUCAUUCUAGAGCCUCAGACACCCUGGGCAAAGAACACGAAAUUGCUAGCUAAAAAAAACUCUCAUGGUGUUCCCAAAGAGGCAUUAGAUCAGAGGCUGAAGAAGUAUGAACCAGCAUUACCACUGUAUUAUUGGUGGUUCCUGAAUGAGGAGGACUCUAGUCAAAUUCUCACCAUGGCACAGGAUUGGCUGAAGAAAUCACUGCAGGUGCAAGAAUUUUUUGAAGACUUUUGUGAAUUUUCCAAGCUCUCAUCAGUUGAAGACAUGCUCAUGUACUACAAAAGAAAUGAGGGACCUGGAGACUACAAAGUUCUUCAUGCUACUGCCUGUGUCACCAGGAAGGGCAAGGCAAAGAAUGCCAAGGAGUACAUGGCAAAGAAGGUUGUCAAAGACUCUCUUGGCAAAAUCUUCCCCCUCCAUGUCAUUGGCUUUGUCUUAACACCACGGACAUAUGGAGUCAGGCUAAGGUUAGGAGAAGAGGCACUGGAAUUAUGGGGCAUGGAUGAUCAUGAGGUAGAGUCUGAAGACACCACAAGUGCAUCAUCAGGUCAACAGCCUGUUAGAGAUGGUCAAGUCAGCUUAGAUGAUACAAACUUGAGGAAAGGCUCUUGCCAUAGCACCUUAAGAACUGGGAAGUCUCAGCUGGACAAAUCUCGGUUCCAUCCUAUGAGUGGCAGAGGAAGUCGCGCUCAUCUCACUCUUGGAUGUGCCCCAAUGGUCCAUGCCAAAAUCACAGGAUUUGACUUGAUGAAAGUUGUUGUUCUUGAACAAGGAGUGAUGAAAAAUGAAAACCCUGAAGAGUCAAGUGAAAUGUUUGAAUCCUUUUCAAUCCCUGAGGGUGAAUUAAGAACUUAUGGUGACAGUAUUUGGGUUAUAUAUCCAGAGAAAGAAAUUUGUGUAAGUUCUUUGUUUUCAGCAUUUUAUUAGGUACAGUUGAAUUUCCUUUGAGUUAAGUUAUCAUCAUAGUUAUUUUGAAAUGCUCCAUAGAAAGUACUUACAUGUACUAGUCUUAUCUACCAAAUUUCAGCCUGUGAGGUUGUGUGGUCAGUGGCUUGCACUGAUCUCAUUUCAGAGCUUCUGGUGGACCACUUUUAUUCCAAGUUGUCUUGGGUUUCCUUCUAAAAGACAAAGGAAACUUGCAGUGAAAUGGUCCGGGAACUCAAGAAUGCAUAAAAUACAUAAAUAACAAGUUAGUUAUUCAGCCUUUUAUAGUCAGGUACGUUCCUGUUUUAUAAUUACAAAGAUUAUAUUAUAUGAUUAUAGUCCUAAAGAUGACACAAGACAUUAGGCCUAACUGAUACUUAUGUUUUAAUUUCUCAGUGGUGAUGGUGUUGGUUCUGUUUUAGGAGCAGUUGAAAAACCAGUGACUGAGUUGUGACUGACAGUAAACAUGCUUUAAUCUGCAGGCAUUGUUAGAUCCUCUCAUGGGCAGUAUGAAUAAUCAUAUCUGUUGAGAUGACAGAGUUGUUUUUGUUGUAAUUCUCAAAGAUUUUGAAGGCAAAUCAUCUUUGUACUGCACAUGGUAAUCCUGCUUGAGGGUGGUCUUGCUUGAUGGUAUUGUACUCUUAGUAAUGGGUUCAAGCUGAAUUUUAAUGAUUGUAAAUGUUUCACAAGCACUAAAACUUGUCAGCUGAACAUGUUACUCAUAAUCAUGGUGCUGAUUUCUGAACUGUCUUCCUGUGAGUGAUCUUUUUAUCACUGCCCAGUCUGCUUAGUGACAAGCAGGCCUUUAUAAUUGUGAUAAUUGUUUUAAGGUAAUGUAAUGUAACUCCAGACCUUGAAUGAUGUGUAAUCAAUUCAGGUUCAAGUCAUUGUAGUCUUAAUUUUCUUUAACACCCUUACAAGGUCCUAUGGUUUAUGUGUUUCUUCCAGGUUUUGCAGUCACAGUCAAAAUCUCUCUCUCUCUCUCUCUCUCUCUCUCUCUCUCUCUCUCUCUCUCUCUCUCUCUCUCUCUCUCUCUCUCUCUCUCUCUCUCUCUCUCUCUCUCUCUCUCUCUAUAUAUAUAUAUAUAUAUAUAUAUAUAUAUAUAUAUAUAUAUGAAUUAUGAUUAAAAAGGUUUGAAGACCAUAUAUGUGUAGCACACCAUGCACCUGUAAUCUAUACAUAUCUCAUUUGAUAGGAUGAAAGAAUCAGAUUCGAUACUGGACAGAUCACAACAAAAUGGGUCUUAUUAAUCAUAUUCAUAACAUUUAAAUUUUAGAAAGCAACCUCAUAUUUAGAAAUCAUUAGUUAUCAUCACUUCUCUCUGAUUAUCAGAUUUUGAGUUAUUCUAGUGAUGAUGCUAAAGAUAAAUGUUUUAUAUUUUUAUUGAUUGUUGUUUGCUUUGGAAUUCAUGAAACUGGCUUUAAUAUAACAUAAUGCAAAAUAGCAUUGAAAAUGAAUUCUUGUUGAUAUUUCUAUACUGCAUAAUCAUCAUCUCCAGUUACUGGUUAACUUGAUAUUAACAUUUAUGUAUAAAAUGUUGAUCAUGAAAUGAUUUUAAAGCUUUAUAUGUUGAUGGGUCUAGUGCAAGAAGAAUAGAGCAUCCCUCUAUCUUCCUUAGUGUAGUGAAAGUACAUCACACUGUGCUCCUUCAACACCCCACAGUUUGCUUUUAUCAUGCAUCUCAUUAUACAGUCAUGUAAUACACAUAUUGCACAUUUUCACACAUGCACUGUACCAGUUUGGGUCCAAAUGAAAAUACACGUUCAUGAUACAUAACGUUUGAUUGUCAUAUUCACAAUUCUGAAUUGCACCUACUUGUUCACAUGAAUGAGCGUUAAUCACAUAACUUUCCAAACUUUACAAUUAUGAACCUCUUUUUGAAGUCUUUACUGUUGAGGUUCUUCAAAAUGUAAUCUCAUUUUAUGAAUUUCAUUAUCCUCUGAAUACUUUAGUGUUCUGAUCUUCUAUUUCAUUGCCAUAUCAAUUGAGAUUAGUGCAUCCUACCUUUUGUUUAUCACCUCACUUGGUCUCCUCAGCUCCACAGUAACAUAACCUCUCACUAUGCUGUAUUAUCUUGACGUGUGGGAUGUUUUGCUGUUUUGUUGGACUUGGUUUCAAAUAGGUUAAGAAAUUUUCCCAUCAGAAUAAAAGACAAAUGUCCUUCACAUUCUUCUUGUUGACUGGUCAAUCAUGAUAUUUAUUUUCUCACCAUAAGUGAUAUUGGUCCUCUUGGGUCUGCAUAUACAACUGUAGUGAUAUUAAUGAUGGUGUGACAGUUACUGUAUGGGACUGAGCUAUAUGUCUGAUAGCUUUGUAAUCAGUCAUUAGGUAAUGAUUACUUGAUUGAACUCAUUAAGGACCAUUAUGAUAACCUCAGUACUUCAUAGUCACCAUUCUGAAAUUGAUCUAUUGCUGUGUAUGCUCUUGUAUAACUUAUCUUAUUCAUUUUAGGGAAACAGUUUUGGAUAACAACAAGACACAUGUACUUGUUUUCAAAACCAAAGUAUGAUCAGUCUUAUCUUAUUUUUAGUUAGAUAUAUUUUUAAUAUUAAUAGAGUACUAUACUUCACUUAGUUCUUUAUAAUUCAUUUCUACAUCUCCAUCUUAAUUUUGAUAUGGGUUUAUGUGAAAACUCCAAAAGACUUAUGUUGAAUCUAUGUAUCUAAAAGCAACUAUACUAACUCAACAAACAAUAAUAAAAAAGAAUGCUUAAAA